AUGAGACGACAUUCUCGGAGCAACGAGGGCUACGAUGAUAGCACGCUGUCUGGUGGUUCUCAAUGGCCGGAAGGCUGGGUCACUGGUUUAUCGACCGGGGCACAGGCAGGGCGUCGUGUGGGCGGAGACCCAGGCCAUUGCCAUCGCAAGCGCGACUAUCAGGCAUCGAGUCAACUCCAGCACCUGGCCCGGGGGGAGCGAAACGGACUUUUGUCGUCUGAAUGCGGCCGCGCCUCUUGCCAUGAAACUGACCCGUCCCCGACCCAUAGCUUCUUCAAGACGCUCAUCGACCACGAGGUCACGGUCGAGCUCAAGAACGACAUCCAGAUCCGCGGCACCCUCAAGAGCGUCGACCAGUACCUCAACAUCAAGCUCGACGACAUCAGCGUCGUCGACGAUCUCAAUUAUCCCCACCUGAGCGCCGUCAAGAACGUCUUCAUCCGCGGAUCCGUCGUGCGGUACGUCCACCUGCCGGCCGGCGCGGUCGACAUCCCACUACUGGAAGAUGCGACGAGGAGAGGUAGGGUUUUCCAUUCCUUUCCCUUUUCCUUCCUUCUCUCUCCUCUCUCUCCAUCCCCUAGGCCGAACCAGGCUCCUUUUACCUCCUGUCGGGGAAAUACAGCCGUGGGGGCCGUUUGA